AUAACCCACGAGGGAAACAGAGAGAGGGAGAGAAAUGCAGGCCCCCCAGAAUUGAUCGAAAUUUCUUCGUAUUAGAGAGGUCACUGCCACAAACCAACUCGCUGGGCCUUUUUUCGAAGGACAGAAGUGGAGCCCGGCUGAGCUGACUUGGCGUUUUCGGAGGUCAAAAGUUGGCCGGAAAGGGACAAAUGACUGGCGUCUGUGUUUGUGUGGUGUUGCCCAGACAUGUCCUCUUGAAACAGGUUUGUCUUUGUGUUUUUCUUUAUUUCUUGGCUAAUUCUUUUUGGCGAGUUGGAUGUGGAGAGAGAGAAAGAAAGACAGAGUGAGAGGAGAGAGAUGUGCGGCAAUCUAUAAGAAUUUGGUGAAACUAGCAGAAGAAUUCAGGAGCCACCCGCUCGGGAGUGCCACAAAUCAGUUACGGCAUCGGUUCUCCAAGCCCCCGAAUCUGCCCGGAAAGACCUGGAUCCGGUGCGCGGCCCGAGUUCUGGUUUGGCAAACACCCUCACAGCCAGGCAAUGACCGUCCGAUCUUCUCUUCUUUAUCCUCCUCUUUCGUUCUCUUUUUCUUCGUGCGGAUGCAGAUAUUUUUCGACUACAAAUCCGAGAAUGCAAAGGAUUGGACGGAUGGAAAUGUGCAGUCUGUUCCGGCCGAUAUGAUCCGCCUCGGCGAUGCACGCCGACAAAAGGAAUGCUGUCUGUGGUUCCAGCCCGCGAAUCACAUGAAUGGAAAACCAGGCAAAAGGCCGGAGAGCAAAGCCCUGCCAAGGAUCAAAAAGCCAGCCAAGAGCUUAUUUCUUUUCGUGCUGCAGCUGACUACCGGUAUUAAUAUGUCAUUAGGCACAGGUUGCAGGCAGAGCUGUCUAAGCUGAGCAGAAAGCAGCGACAGGUCAGCAGCCCAAUGCAAUGAAUGCUUCUUUAAAUGAUGCCGAGCAGCAGCUCUCUCUCUGGGUAUUCUACAUAUAAUCACGGAUCAAAGGCACCAACGGCUGCAAAGCCACUUAAUCAUGACGCAUACUCCGUGUAAAUGAAGCAAAUUCUGCUGUAACCCCUGCAAAGCGAAAUAACCAUCUGAACCCAAUUCUGGCCCCCGCCUC